CAUUUACAUAGAGGGCUAAAAAGGGGAGCUGACAGAGCCUGACAGGUGACACUGAGGAGGGACAACUCAGAGCUGACUCUCACACAGCGAGCCAUUACUCAGCCUCUGAACACGCACCCACUCGAACAAACACCACGGAGGAGGACCUCAACCUGAGCAGAGGCACAAUUAACACCCCAAACUCCCUGGUGUGAAUUUGGAAGUCAGUUGAAUUUGACUGAGAGAAAAAUGCUUUGUCAAGUUCUGAGGGAGUGAGCUGAGCUCGGCCCAACCGCGAUCAAGACAGGAGCACAUCUUAAUCAUCUAACAGGGACUUCAGGAAAGACCAAGGCAACAGCCUGAGAGCCCAAAAGGAGAGUUGACAAAGGACGUCAAAGACCUCUAAAGAUGGAAGAUACCCAGCAGGUCUGGCACGUGACGAUACCCUCCCAGGAAGACGCUGGAGAGCUGCAAAAGAAGGUGUCAGUGGCAAACCAGCCCGAGUGCUCCAUCUGCUACAACACCUACGACAAUGUCUUCAAAACACCCAAGCAGCUGCAGUGCACCCACACCUUCUGCCUGGAGUGCCUUUCCCGCCUCAAUGCGCUGUCCAACCACAACAACAAAAACCCCACCUUAGACAUCCGUUGCCCCAUCUGCCGGCAGGCCACUAUUUUGCCAAAGGAAGGACCCCCAGCCCUAGCCACCAGCCGCGAGGUCCUCUGCGAGCUGCCCAGCCACCAGCAGCAGGAGGAGCCGGUAUGGCUGGAGGGGGAGAGGCUGUGCUACAAGAGCAGGCAGAAUCAUAAUAGCUCAGUGGACCCCGAAAGUCCUACGGCCUUCUGCGUCUGCAUUGACAUUGGGUCCUCCAAGAUGGACACUGCUCCCGAGCUUCCACAGCGCCAUCUCACUAUGGUGGACAGAGUGGCUGACUGCAAGAAGAUGAUCCUCUUCAUUCUGCUCCUUGUGCUGCUUAUUGUGGUUGUUUUGUGGCCUCUGCAGUGCGUGUUCAGCACCGGGAAUAUGCGCUGCUUCAGCGAAAGCACCCACACGACCAUCAGUACCACCCCCAACCCCAACAUCACCAGUGCAAUGUUCAAGAAACUGGUGGGAUAAACAUUAAAACUACCUGGACUUCACUUGUAAAUGCUUAGAAUAUUGUGAAUGAUACAUUUGUACUGUUGUGUGACAUUUUAAUUAUUAUUAUUAUUAUUAUUAUUAUUUCCAAAUUGUCUUAAAAGUGUAUUUUAUUAUUGCUACACAGAAACAGCUCCUCACAUUUUCAAUUUGAAAAAGAGCCACAAAGCUUAAAGCGUCUAUGUGCAAGCUUUUUUAGACAUUUGACUUCAGUGCCUCCCGGUGGCGGUUUAAAAAACUGCAAGCAGGCAAACAGCCCGUAAAGUAACACUGACUGCAGCCAUUUUCACCAGUGACAUGUUAUUAUGGUGUUAUAGGGCACAAGAAUUCUUGACAUAGCUUGUUUUGGGUUUUUUUACGUUAUAAUGAGAUGAAAUUUCUUGUUCACACAGACAACCAUAAACUGUAGAUAAAGGAUGGACUAGCUUCAGUCUGUAAAGUGAAGCCAACGUGGAUGCGCCUUAGCCAGCAGGGAGAACUACGUACUUCUCACCUGAUUUAUUACCUCAUUUGUCUAAAGUGGGUGGGUCUUGUCAUAUCACAGCCACUCAUUAUGUAUAUUUAAAACAAUAAAAAAUAAAACUAAAGGCUUCAAUGGUAGACCAUGAACCAGCAGCUAUGUCCAUCUUUUACAGUCUGUGGACACGACUGAUUUACAAAUAACACCACACAGUGAAGCGAGACCAGCUUCAUCUGUGUUUGUUUAGCAGCACAGAGAAGAUGAAGAAUCUCAGCACUUUAAUCUGCACUUGUAUUUUGAAAUUAGACAUGAUUUUUGCUUUCUAGCAGGCUCAAUGGACUGGAGCGCAGCUGGGUUAAUUUAUUGUGUCUACUUGUACACAACCAGGAAAGCUCAGAGACGCUGGCACAUGAAAGUUGAACUUUGCUUUGCAAAUGUCCGUCUGGCAGCACGAAGAAGUGUUCCCAGUAUGUCAAUGAAAAACUAUGUGUAAAGUGUGUUUUCUUAAGACCUUUUCUACAAACUUUAAAUAAAAAACAAAAACAAACAAAAACUCAGAUUAUGAUUCUGGAAAAUAAAUCAUUUGAACAAAGUUGAAUCACAAAUUAAGUUUCUAAAGCCUCAAACAGACACAAAGCUACUCACACCCUUUUAUGCUAAUUAAAACAAAGCGUAAUCUCAUUAUCAAGUUAAAAAACAAACCAUGCCCUAUGUAACCAUUAAACCGUCACCAUAAAAGCCAGCUCCUCCUUUGUCUGGACAGGAAGCAGUCUUUAUUUCUUCCUGGAUUCUGUGUGACAUGAUGGAAAAGUUAGGUUGUGGGGGCUUUCCAGAGCUCACACGUGGCAUAUGGAUGAUAAGAGCAUUAUGUUGAUUCGAGCUUCAUUUAGAGGAAGCCAUAAAAGGAGAAUUUCCUCAAGUACCAGCUGAAGCUGCCGGUAAAUGUGGUUAAACAAUAAAUCCAGGCGAAAGAGAAAGGUGCUGAAUCACGGCCUCGAAGCAGUUUCCCCUAAAUAGAAAAAGGAAGUCAAAAUAAAUACUUCUUAAUAAGUUCUUGUUAGUUGGAAAUAAACUUCUCUACAUUUAAAUUGAUCAUUGCCUAUAAAGAAGCCUUUUAUAAAUGCCUGCCUCCAAUAAAGCAGAUUUGAACGGCCAAUUUUCUUGUGACAGGCAGCAAAAGAAAACUAGCUUGUUGAAAUUCAGCUAGGAAAGCACUAAUUUCACACUCAUCGCCUGUUUUAUUUGCUCUGGAGUUCUAAAGCAUAUUUUCUUUAAGCCACUUCAACCAUGAAACACUGGUGUUUUUUCAGUCUUUCCUGCCUUGCUUUUAGUACGAGCAGGUUGGUGAUCAGUAUCGUGCUGUAAAGCUUUUACCAAAUGAAAUGACAAAUGGAGUGACUAAGCAUAGAAAGGUAUGAGCUUGUCAUUAGCACAGCCCAUGAUUCAGUAGCUUGUAGAACCACCUUUAGCAGCAAUAAAAGUUAAAGUAAUGAUUUUCAGUAAGACUUUAUCAAACUCUCACAUCACUGUGGAGGAUUUUUAGCCCACUCUCUUCUUUACAACAUUGCUUCACUUCAUUGAGAUUUGCGGGCAUUCGUUUAGGUACAGCAUAAAUGUUCCACCCAAAGAUGAGGUCUGGACUCUGACGGGUAAUUGUAGCACGAUGAUUCUUUUCUUUUUCAGACAGUCUGUGGGAUCAUUCUCCUUUUGCAUGACCCAGUUUGAGCAAAGCUUUAGCUGUCAGACAGAUGGCGUCAUAUUUGACUUGAAUACUUUGGUAUACAGAGAAAUUCAUAGUUGACUCAAAGACUGCAAGGAGCCAAAGUCCUGUGGUUGCAAAACCCAGAUUAUCACCUCUCCACCACCAUGGUUGACAGCUGGUGUGAGGUGUUUGUGCUCAUGGGCUGUGUUUUUGUUAAACAUAGCACUGUGCAUUAAACAUCUUCACUUUGGUCUCAUAUGUCCUGUUCCUGAAGUCUUGUGGUUUGCUAAGAUCCAGCUUUGCAAACCUAAACUACUGUACUGUGCACAGGAGAAAGGAGGCCUUCUCCCAACAACUUUUUCAUAGUUCCAAAGUUUUGUGCUAUCAUAAACUUUAACAUGUAACACAUCAACUCAGGCCUGAAACGUAGCACUCAUGUCUUUGGUCGUGGUUUCUCUUAGAACUGCAUGGUUUGACCUCAGUCUGAAUUUGCUCAAACGUCCACUCCAAGACAGACUGGCACCUGUCCCAAAUGUUUUUUCCACUUAUAAAUAAUCCCAGUGUGGAACGUUGGAAGUUUGAGUUUUUGGAAGUAGCUACAUAUUCCUUCCCAACAGCAGUUGCUUCUUUCCUUUAUGCAGAGAUGCUCACAUUUCUGGAUAAUCAGUAAAUCAAAUGCCUUUGAUUAGCAGCACCUAGCUGCUACAUUACCCUCUUCACUUCUUUGAAAGCAGCAAGUCCUUAGUUUUUCCACACACUGCUGCACUUUGGCUUAUUUUUGUAAAUAAUUAAGCAGCUGUAAUGAGUCUCACACACUCACACCUGAGACUGUAUUUAAAUGAUAUGAAGACCUUGGUAAAGACCCGAUUAUUUUUAUAAAACGUACCGAUAUUUAAAAUAUGACAUGACUGUAGAAUGAAAGAUUCUCUCUCCUUUGAAGUAACAAACUAAAAGAACAUAAAAUCAAAUGAAAACAUUUAACUUUAUAUAGUGCCAUCAUAGAUUUUUAUUAAACUAUGAUAAAUCAUUUUGUUGCUCUGACAGAUCAUCGUGUCAGCCGUUGUAGUCUAUACAGCAAAAAACAAGGCGUCUGGGUGGAGCCAGUGCAAGAAAAAGAGCAAAAGGGAAAAGCUUCCACUGAACGACACUACUCAUUUCGGGUUUACUGCAAUCAGAGGAACAGGGGGAUGAAAAAACAAAAACUAACAAAACAAACAAACAAACAAAAAACCUCCGAAAUGCACACACAUUGAACUCAUGUUCAAGUAAGUGUAAGAUGACGAGCAGAGUGAAAAUACCACAUUACUUCUGCAAAGCUCUGUGUGCGCUGGUACAACUCAGAGCCUGAAUUUUAUCAUUGGUAAAAUUACAGAUUUACAAAAAAGUCAAGGUACAAA